AUGAUUAUUAAUUUUUUGACACCGACAAAUGCUGUUGAAGAGUGGGCAGAUGUUUUCCUCCUCGUCACAGCUUGUAUUUUCAUUGGAACAACAUUUUUCAAUUAUGUAAUUGAAGUUGAGCCUAGGGAAUGGACUAAAACAGAAAUACAAAGUCCCAAAUUAAGUACAACAACAGUUCCUGGAACGACUAUAAGUGCUGAAGAAGGGAAAAAGUUGGGAUUGGAAGUUUUACAAAUUAGUUGAGAAUGAACGGAAGGAGAGAAUUUUUUCUGAAAAAUGAUGUGAGG